GAAGAAGACACGAGCAUCAAACGCUGAGUGUUUACAUCUGUUUUAAGUUCCGUUUGUUGGUUUUCUGUAAAGAGAUUCUUAUUUCCGUGUAACGUUAUUUAAGUGUUGAGAUGAGAUGGAGAUUAAAAGGGAACCUACAGAAAUAAAAACUGAACCCAUAGAAAUAAAAACCGAACCUACAGAAAUAAACAUUGAACCUACAGAAGAUGAAGAUCCCACUGAUGAAGAUGAUGACUAUCAUGAUGAUGAUGAGGAUGAAGAAAUAAAAACUGAACCCACAGAAGAGGAAGAUCCCACUGAGGAAGACGAUGAUGAAGAUGAUUUUAUUCCUUCAGAUGUGAAGAGUGAAUCAUGUUUGGAUAUAGAAAUAACGUCCUCAACAUCAGAAGAGCGACUGACAGCACAAACUCUUUCCUGCAUCAACUGUGGAAAGACAUUCAGCUCACAGAGACGUUUAGAGAGACAUGAGAGAAAACACACAGAACAGAAACUCUUCACCGGAUCUGAGAUCAGCUUUACUACCUUACAAGAGAAGAAACUUCAUUCAGAAGAGCACACAGAAAAGAAGAAGCAGUUUGACUGUCAGCAGUGUGGAAAGGGUUUUGACUUCUUAUCUCAGCUGAAUAUUCACAUGAGGACACACAGUGGUGAAAAACCUUUCUACUGCAGUGAAUGUGGCAAAUGUUUCAGCAGCAAAAGAAAUCUUGAUUCUCACAAGAACAUUCACACUGGAGAAAAACCAUACAAAUGUCCUCACUGUGAGAAGAGAUUCAGACAAAAAGACCUCAUGAGGAGACACAUGCUUGUACACACCAAUGAGAAACCAUAUCAGUGCAGUCAAUGUGACAAAUGUUUCAGCACCAAAGAACAUUAUGUUGUUCAUCAGAGAGUUCAUACUGGAGAGAAACCUUACCAUUGUAAUGUUUGUGAGAAGAGUUUUAGUCAACGUGGCAGUUUGGUGUCACACCAGAGAACUCAUACAGGAGAAAAACCUUACAAAUGUUCUCAGUGUGAGAAGACUUUUGCUCAUUUAGGUUCCUUAGAGACUCAUCAGAGAAUUCACACUGGAGAGAAACCUUAUUACUGUAAUGUUUGUGGGAAGAGUUUUAAUCAGCGUCAACAUUUAGUGUCACACCGUAGAACUCAUACAGGUGAAAAACCUUACAAAUGCCCUCAGUGUGAGAAGACGUUUACUCGGUUAUAUUCCCUAAAAGUCCAUAUGAGAGGUCACACUGGAGAGAAACCUUAUGCCUGCUCUCAAUGUGGAAAGAGCUUCACUAGUCCAGCUCAAUACAGUGUUCAUCUGAGAGUUCACACUGAAGAGAAACCUUACAUCUGCUCUACCUGUGGAAAGAGCUUCUGUAGUUCAAUUGCUAUUAGAGUUCAUCAGAGUGUUCACACUGGAGAGAAACCUCAUCACUGUAAUGUUUGUGGGAAGAGUUUUAGUCAACGUGGCAGUUUGGUUUCACACCAGAGAACUCAUACAGGAGAAAAACCUUACAAAUGCUCUCAGUGUGAGAAGACUUUUGCUCAUUUAGGUUCCUUAGAGAGUCAUCAGAGAGUUCACACUGGAGAGAGACCUUAUUACUGUAGUGUCUGUGGGAAGAGUUUCAGUCAACGUCAACAUUUAGUGUCACACCAGAGAACUCAUACAGGUGAAAAACCUUACAAAUGCCCUCAGUGUGAGAAGACGUUUACUCGGUUAUAUUCCUUAAAAAUCCAUCAGAGACUUCACACUGGACAGGAACCUUACAAAUGCUCUCAGUGUGAGAAGACAUUUACUCUGUAAUAUUCCUUAAAAAUCCAUCAGAGACUUCACACUGGACAGGAACCUUACAAAUGCUUUCAGUGUGAGAACUUAAGACGUUUACUCGGUUAUAUUCCUUAAAAAUCCAUCAGAGACUCACACUGGAGAUAAACCUUACAUCUGCUCUCACUGUGAAAAGAGCUUCUCUGAUCCAUCCCAUUUGAGAGUUCAUCAGAGAGUUCACACUGGAGAGAAACCGCAUCACUGUGAAACCGCAUCACUGUGUAGUGUUUGUUGGAAGAGUUUCAGUCGACAUGAACAUUUAGUGUCACACCAGAAAACUCAUACAGGUUAAGAUUUUACAUAAGACGUGUACUGGGUCAGGUCACUUAAAAGCAGUGUUAAUUUUGACAGCAGAUUUUUUGUUUUAGUCAUCUGAAUUAUUUUUAGUUUUAGUCUAGCACAGCAUUAAAAAGCAUUAAAAGUCAUUAAAUUGAUUUUGCGAAAAUUAAGGUCUUAAAUGGCAUUAAAAGCAUUACAUUUUAUUUCUACAAACAUUUUUUUUAGUUUUGAAGAAAAAAUAUUUUCUUGCACCAGCAUUUUUUUAUGAUUUUCACAAAAGGUUUCUUCAAAAAUACCAAAAGUUAAGAUAAUUGCAUUUUUGUGAAGAACUUUUGAUAAUGGAUCAGAUUCAGAGUGAUCCUCAAAACAUACACUGAAUUUGGGUUCUGGGUUUAUACGUUGUGUAAGAGUAUUACGGAUUGCCGUAAAUACUUGUCAUUGGCAGCAAAGCGUUUUUCUUAACUCAUUCACCGCCAUUGACGAGUUAUCUCGUCAAUUAUGAGUUAAUAUUUAACUAAUAAAUAUGCCUUUCUGGACGAAUUUCAAAGUGAAAGUGUAAUACCGCUUUUAUCCACUAGAUGGCGCCAAACCGAAUUGAUCAAAAACGGAAGUUAAAAAGAUUUAAUGAUUUAUUUUAACUGCCUUUAUGUUUGAUAGUCAUUCUGAGUCUGAUCUCUAACAUAAAUUCCUUUACAAAAACGCAAUUUUUUAAGCUUUUUGCUCAAAAUGUUGUAUUUUUGAAGAGAAAUAUCCAUAUUUCAAUGGUUAAAUUAAGUGGAAAAAGUAAAUAUAUAAUGAAACGUUUUUUCCCCAUUUUGUUUGUUUGUUUUUUGUUUGUUUGAAAGCAGAAGGUGUGUUCUUUAAUUUGAUAUAAUUUGUAUGUUUAUAUAUUUAUAGAAGAUAAUUUUUCCUGCAAGGAAUUUUGUGAAAAUUUUGUUAAAAUCACAAAAAUGCAGGUGGGCAACUUUUCUCAAAAAGGCAGGCGGUGAAUGAGUUAAUUGUUGAGUAAUUGGUGGUGAAAAGUUAAGAAACUACAAGAGAGAAGCCCUUUUAAAGGCCCCAGUGUCAGGCAGAUUGCAAGACCCCUCCAUCAUGAACAGAGACCCAGAAUGGUGCAAAGGAAAGUUGAAGUCUCUAGUUGAAAGAUUUCUGCAGGACCAGUUAUCAGAAGGAAUUUCAGCUGGUAGGAAUAUUAUAGGGAUAGCUUUAAAUUUUUAUAGGGAUAGCUUUUCCCUCUCUCAACAGGGAAGUACAGACUUGCAAUAUGGAAGGAGACAUUGUUGAGGCCCAGAUAAUGGUCUGUAACAAGGCUUGUGGAGGGGUUCUCAAAGUAUCCCUUACAAAGGCCCUACUUGCUUCUGUAUCUGCAGCCAGGACCAGAUACGGGAUUUACCUUGAUGAAGAAUGGAGGAAGAGAGAAGGUGCCAUGCUUGGACUUAAGUGCAAGUUAUAGUCAUGCAUAGGUUCUAUGGUGUAGCUAGAAGUUGUAGUGUUUGGUAGAGGUGGAAGAACAUCCUGAGACAAGUACGUUCCCUUUCACAAGAAGUUGAACAGUGCGAGGAGCGGCGACCCAGAUGGCAAGAAAGUGCCUGUGCUAUAUUUCUGUCUUGGUUGGAAGCACAUGUGAAACAUAGGCCAAAGGAAACUAAUUAUGACAAACACAAGAGUCCCAAUGAGAACGGGUUUGUGGCGAGAUCACACGCCGACGAGACGCCAGCAGAGGAGACACAACACAUUUGGCAGCCACAUCUUCCAGCCCAGAAUCCAGCUUGUCCUGCAAGAAACGGACGAAUACAGUUGGUUUCGGAGAAAUUGUUGCAGACUUGCUGCAUCGAUUGCCUGAAGAACAUCGAACACAGACUAUGUUCGACAUCUACAAACUAUUGUUUGAAAAACAGCAAGACAAAUAAACUGUGUGCUGCCAUGUUUACUUGUUUUGCUGUGCUAGGCAUUGACAUAGUCUCUGUAUUCUUUUUAAUGUUUCGGCAUCAUCUGAGAUAAAGGUUUGAUUUUAUAGAGGAGAAUAUGAUAUUGACUUGAACAUUUUGAUUUUGACCUGGAAGUUUGAGGUUUGUGCUGAAAAUUGUGAAUUUAUUCAUAAACUGUGUGUUAGCAAUCAUAAAGUACUGUAGCUUGGAUCGAGGGCAUUUAACAAAGUACCGUUGUCUGCAACAACUGCUCGGUACUCCCCAGGUUGAGGGACACCUGAAGCAUCUGUGUCCACAAAAUCAGCAGGGAUGUAUCGGUUUGCAGGUGUGUUGCUUUGUCAGGAUGGAAUUUCAGGGCUCAUUCCACAAUUAUGUUGCCACCAAAAUUCCAAAGCUGUUUUCGGUGACACGUCUGGCUCUGGAAAGCUUUUAAUUGUAAAUCUGCUCUUCCAUUGUCAUUAUUGCACCUAUUUGGGGAAAACAAAUACAAUUGUGUUAUUCUGAUAAUUACAUUGUUACUCUGAGUAUACAGUGAGUAAAAUAAGUAUUUGAACAGCCUGCUAUUUUGCAAGUUCUCCCACUUAGAAAUCAUGGAAGGGUCUGAAAUUGUCAUCAAAGGUGCAUGUCCACUGUGAGAGACAUAAUCUAAAAAAAGUCCAGAAAACACAAUACUUAUUUGCAGCUGUAUCACACAAAUAAAUAGUUAAAAAAUCAUAAAUUUUGACACCUGAGAAAGUCAAUGUUAAUAUUUGUUACAGUAGCCUUUGUUUGCAAUUGCAGAGGUCAAACAUUUCCUGUAGUUUUUCACCAGGUUUGCACACACUGCAGGAGAGAUUUUGGCCCACGCCUCCACACAGAUCUUCUCUAGAUCAGUCAGGUUUCUGGCCUGUCACUGAGAAACACGGAGUUUGAGCUCCUUUCAAAUAUUCUCUAUUGGGUUUAAGUCUAGAGACUGGCUAGGCCACGCCAGAACCUUGAUAUGCUUCUUACAGAGCCACUCCUUGGUUAUCCUGGCUGUGUGCUUCGGUUCAUUGUCAUGUUGGAAGACCCAGCCUCGACCAAUCUUCAAGUCUGUAACUGAGGAAAGGAGUUUGCUCACAAAAAUCUCGCAAUACAUGGCCCCGGUCAUCCUCUCCUUAAUACAGUGCGGUGGCCCUGUCUAGGGUGGCCAUUCGUGCCAGUUCCGCCGGACACGUCCCGAACAUGUUUUCGGGUUCAUUCUCCUGAAGUUGCAUUGGUCGACCGCAUACAUCAUCAAGGUUUAAUAUUUCGGGUUUAAUUUCAGAAUAGCAACCGUUACAUUUCAAGGUACGAAUGAAACUACAAUGAUUGUAUGUCUUUAGAAAAUUAAGAUUUAUUUCUUUUAUGUAUUUUAACUGAAAUGUGAGAACCUCGAUGACGUAUGCGGUCGAGCAACGCGACUUCCGGAAAACGAACCCGAAAACAUGUUCGGGACGUGUCCGGCGGAACUGGCACGAAUGGCCACUCUAGCCCUGUCCCAUGUGCAGAAAAACACCCCCAAAGCAUGAUGCUACCACCCCCAUGCUUCACAGUAGGGAUGGUGUUCUUGGAAUGGUACUCAUCAUUCUUCUUCCUCCAAACACUUUUAGUGGAAUUAUGACCAAAAAGUUCUAUUUUGGUCUCAUCUGACCACAUGACUUUCUUCCAUGACUCCUCUGGAUCAUCCAAAUGGUCAUUGGCAAACUUAAAACGAGCCUGAACAUGUGCUGGUUUAAGCAGGGGAACCUUCCGUGCCAUGCAUGAUUUCAAACCAUGACGUCUUAGUGUAUUACCAACAGUAACCUUGGAAACAGUGGUUCCAGUUUAUUUCAGGUCAUUGACCAGCUCCUCCCGUUCUGGGCUGAUUUCUUAGGAUCCAUGAGACCCCACGAGGUGAGAUCUUGCAUGUAGCACCAGUCCGAGGGAGAUUGACAGUCAUGUUUUGCUUCUUCCAUUUUCUAAAGAUUGCUCCAGCAGUGGACCUUUUUUCACCAAGCUGCUUGGCAAUUUCCCCGUAGCCCUUUCCAGGCUUGUGGACCCUGCUGAAAAAAAACAGCAUACCAGCAAGACCAGCAUAUGUUGUGUUUUGGUGCUGGUUUGCCAGUGAACACCAGCUAAAUCAGCACCAAACCAGCAUUAACACCAGCUAAACCAGCAUUAGCACCAGCAUCCCAUGCUGGUCAUACCAGCAUAUGUUGUGAUUUGGUGCUGGUAUGCUGGUGACCACCAGCUAAACCAGCAUAGACCAGCAUAAUUCCAAUGCUGGUUUGAUGCUGUUUUUUUCAGCAGGGGAGGUGUACAAUUUCGUCUCUAGUGUCUUUGGACAGCUCUUUGGUCUUGGCCAUAUUAGUAGUUGGAUUCUUACUGAUUGUAUGGGGUGGACAGGUAGCUUUAUGCAGCUAACGACCUCAAACAGGUGCAUCUAAUUUAGGAUAAUAAAUGGAGUGGAGGUGGACAUUUUAAAGGCAGACUAUUUGAGGGUCAGAAUUCUAGCUGAUAGACAGGUGUUCAAGUACUUAUUUGCAACUGUAUCAUACAAAUAAAUAGUUUAAAAAUCAUACAUUGUAAUUUCUGGAUUUUUUUAGAUUAUGUACCUCACAGUGGACAUGCUACGAUGACAAUUUUUACACCCCUCCAUGAUCUCUAAGUGGGAGAACUUGCAAAAUAGCAGGGUUUUCAAAUACUUAUUUUCCUCACUGUAUAUGUGUGGGUUCCAGGUGAUCAGCGGGUGGUUUUAACUGAUGUUAGUUUCAUAACUUAAAUCAUCACAUAUAUUUUCUAUAUAAUCUUAACACUGUAGUAAAUAACUGCCUUUGUACUUUAACUGGAUUUUUUCUUGUGUUUAUUUCAUAUUGUACAAACAUUUCGUAGUAUUAAAAUAAAUGGUUGUGUUUUAUAUCACAUUUUAUUUUGAAAUAAAUCUAUUAAAGC